AAAGUGUAGCAUCUUACAUUCUGAUGCAGGCAUGUUGUGAAUGUUGUAUUAUAAGUACGCAGCGGUGCGCACACCUAUGAAAAGGCUAUAUUGAAAAUGGACGACUUUCUUUGCAUUGGAUCAACGAUGAUGUGCGAAAAAUGUUAGCUCACCGUGCAUCCUACUCAGUCCUACUCUUGUGCCAUAAAGCACCAAAACACAACCCUGUCCUAUGUGUAUCGGACAACGCAUUUGAACUCAACGUGGUAUGACAUUAGACAUGGCAACACACUUGCUAGCUUUAAUUCGAGUACCCAGUAAAGACAAUUCAAAUAAGUGGAGCCAACUGGAAUUUAAUUAUCGGGACAUAUGGUUGAUAUCGGCUCGCGAAAGCUUCGAAACUCGCGCAAAAAGAGAAGACGUUCCAUGACAAGCAAUGUGCCAUCAUCUCCUUGGAAGAAGAAGAAGAAGAAUGUGCCACUGAGGCUGAGGUGAAGAUGCUGGCACGACUGGGGCCCGCCUUGGCUCGGCGGUUAGUGCAGCGACGCCUGAUUAGCAGUACGGUCGCUUUGCAUUCCCGCCAAGAGGAACUCCAUUCUCUCGGCGUCGCGACGACUGUGCCAUUGGGCUCAGAAUCAGUCAAGGUCAUCUUCAACGAUGACAACGCCUGCGACCUCAACUACAUUUGGCUCCGUGACAAUUGUCCCUGCCCCAAGUGUGUCCACCCCGACAGUAAGCAAAAACUCGUAGACACAGCAGCGCUCGACUUCAAUGUAAGGCCACAGCAAAUGGCAGUUACGCCGGACGGCUCCCUGGACAUUAUUUGGAACGAGGGACAACACGAGUCGGUCUACGACCCAAUCUGGUUAUACAAGAACGCCCGUAGCUACAUGCUAGACUCCUUCCACAAAGCUGCGUCCAGCUCGAAGCCUCCGCCCUUGGAAUUAUGGGACCGAGUGUCCAUAUGGAAGAACAUGCCCGAGUUGUCUUACAAGGAAUUCAUGACCACCGAGGAAGGCCUCUUCCGCUGGCUGGACCUAGUCUACCGCUACGGGGUCGUUAUCUUACGGGACGUGCCACAAAAGAAGAACCAGAUUCUGGAAGUCGUGAACCGGGUGGCCUACGUCAAGUCCACAAUCUGGGGAGACACUUUCGACGUCGUGUGUCAGCCAGUCCAGAACGACCCCAAGCAUCUGGCCUACACUGGCAUGUAUCUGGAGCACCACACAGAUAUGAACUACAGGGAAAAGUCUCCAGGGCUGCAAAUGCUGCACUGUCUAGAGUCCUCGAAAGACCCAGGUGACCAUGGCGGAAAGUCCUUCCUCGUGGACGGUUUUAUGGUUGCCAACUGGCUGAGGCAAAACAACCCGGCCGCCUUCCACAUUCUUUCCUCUACGCCUGUUCAGUUCAGCAUCAGCUCGCAUAAUAUGCGGUACAGCCAAACGACCCCGAUCAUCUGCGUUGGGAAGGACGGCAACACCGAGGAGAUCCACUAUAACAACCGCACCAUGGCACCUCUUCAGGCGCCACCGCAACUCGUCAAGCCUUUCUAUCACGCCCUCAAGGAAUUCGUCCAGAAGUUGCGCGACCCUGCAUCCGAGCUGUCGUUCCACAUGGUGCCGGGUGACCUUGUCGCUUUCAACAACCGACGAGUGCUGCACGGACGAACCAGCUUCGAUCCGACAAAAGUUUCCAGGCAUCUUCAGGGCUGCUACGCCGAACUAGACGAAGUUUUUACGCGGUAUUUUGCCAUGCGCAAUGGAAAGAAAUGACAAUCACUCUCAUUGUUCUCUGUAUAAAAUUUGCAGAUCAUUACAUAUAGCAACUGUGAGAUUCUUAGUCAACCAGCAUUAUCUUCAUUAACUUGUCAAUUGUUGCUUGCUCGUGUCCGUAUCACGGCAUGUAGUGCCAACGCUGUAUAGGUUUACCUAUAGUAAAAGCGUGUUCUGACCUGGAGAUUUCCUGCCGUUGGGGAAUGCCCACAAGUUAAGCAUGUGAACAUUUUAUGGAAUAAAUAUUCAUUUGAUGUGUGCUGCCACGAGA